AUGACGUCUUAUGAUGAGUUGGACGAGUUCGAGGCGCAGCUGAACGGCGGCGCGGGAGGUGGAGGCUCUGACAACGUCAGAGCAGCCGAGGCUAUCAACCCGCAGAAGCGCAAGAAGGCGCCGGGCCCCGAGGAUGGCAACCCGAAGAAGCAGCAGAAGGCUCAAGAGAACCGCGCCGUCUAUGUCACAAACAUCCCUCGCGAUGCCACGGUCGAGGAGAUCGAGGAAGUGUUCAAGAAGUAUGGCAUCAUCGACCAGGGUGUGGAAGGGAAGCCCCGUAUCAAGAAGUACACCGAUGACUCUGGCGAAUUCAACGGAGAGGUUCUUAUCGUUUAUUUCAAGAAGGAGUCCGUAGACCUCGCGACUACUCUCAUGGAUGGCUUCGAGUUCUGCUAUGGCCCGCGCUCUAAUGGUCCUAUCCAUGUCCAGCCAGCCGAAAUGUCGUACAAGAAACACAAGGAUGGUGAGGCUAUUGCAUCGAAGCUUGUGCGCAAGGAUCGCAAGGCGGCUGAGCGCAACCGCGCGGAGAUGAACCGAAAACUCGCCGAGUGGUCUGAUAAUGAGGAGGAAGUCAAGGAGGCGUACGCGCCGAAGAAGAACAAGUGGGCUAAGAUUGCUAUCAUCAAGAAGGUCUUUGAACUCCACCAGCUCGAGAACGACGAUGCCGCUAUCCUCGAGAUCAAGGAGGACAUGCGCGGCGCCGCCGAGAAGUAUGGCGAGGUCACCAAGGUCACCCUCUAUGACAAGGAGCCUGAGGGCAUCGUCGCGGUUCGGUUCAAGGACUUCCAGGCCGCUGAAGACUUCCGCGAUGGCUUCCAAGGCAAAAAAUACAACAAUGAGCGCAUCCAGAUUAGCAUCGCCGAGGACCGUCCCAAGUUCAAGAAGAGCGCGCACGGCGGAGCAUCCGACAGCGAGGACGAUGUAGCGCGUCUCGAGCGCUUCAUGAACCAGAACGCUGAUGAUAGCGAGUAG